CAUUGUCUUUGUCUUUCAAAAUGGCGACUAAUUCUCAAGACUGUAGUGAUCCUUCUCCACCAAAACGAUUAAAAUUAGACGAAAUUAGUUCAAUAAGUCAUAUUUCAAGUAUUGGAUCGGAUUCAGUUCAAUUCAGAGUAAACCACAAUGCAAUAGAAAAUCCCGAAGAACCAUCAGACAAUCAAAACCUGGAAAACUCUCAAACAAUUGCAGAUGAAAAGCAACUUUUAGAGUUACUGAAAUCUUCAUCAUCUGAGUCCAGCAGCCCAGGAGGUAGAGACGUGGAUAAUGACGAGGAAGAGGAAGAUGAUGAUGAUAAUGAUGACGAUGAUGAUGAUGAUUUCGAUGUUGCGUCAACCGUCAGCAAUAUUUCUGACUUGAGUGGAAUAUCAGAAAUGAGUGGCCAGGAUUGGAAUUGUAUCGCUGGACAAAUAAAUUGGCUGCAAAGACAAAUGAGAAGUGGAGCUGAUCCAAGAACUAUUCUGGCGAAUUUAUUUGGUGAUAAAUUCUAUGAAACGAAAUGCUCAUUGCUGGACAAAUUCAGUCUCUGGAGACUGAUUGCCAGUGUUCUGAGUGAGCCUCCACCAAGAGCCAAAUUACCAACUGUCAACACAUUCAGUGAUGUCAUCCAACUAUUGAGAUCUUGCAAGAAAGUUAUUGUCUUGACUGGAGCUGGGGUAUCAGUGUCGUGUGGUAUUCCGGACUUCAGGAGCCGGAACGGCGUCUAUUCGCGGCUGGCUGUCGACUUCCCCGACCUGCCAGACCCGCAAUCCAUGUUCGACAUCGACUAUUUCCGCAGAGACCCGCGCCCUUUCUUCAAAUUCGCCCGCGAAAUUUAUCCCGGACAGUUUAAACCGUCCCCUUGUCAUCGAUUCAUCAAGAAGCUAGAAGAGAAUGGCAAGCUGCUCAGAAAUUACACACAAAACAUUGAUACAUUGGAACAGGUGGCUGGAAUCAAGAACGUUGUUGAAUGUCAUGGUUCAUUUGCGACGGCUACCUGUACCCGAUGUCAGCACAAGGUCACCUGUGAAGACAUCCGAGAAGCAGUUUUCCAACAGAGAAUACCCUUCUGUCCAAUUUGUCCCACUAAUCCUGAGGAUCCAGCGAGUGGUGGUGUGAUGAAACCGGACAUAGUGUUCUUCAGAGAAAGUUUGCCAAAGACGUUCCACCAAUCAAUGGCCGAGGAUAAGGACGAGUGCGAUCUCUUAAUUGUGAUUGGCUCAUCGCUCAAAGUCUAUCCAGUCGCGCUUAUUCCAAGUUCGCUGCCAAGCCAUGUACCGCAGAUUUUGAUAAACAGAGAAAGCCUGCCUGAUUUGAACUUUGAUGUGGAACUGUUAGGUGAUGGAGAUGUCAUCAUCAAUCAAAUUUGCUUGGAAAUGGGAGAAAACUGGAAUGACGUAUGCUGGACCAACAACAAACUGAUGGAAACUGAACCAAAUAUUGCAUCAUUUCAAAGAUGGGGCUCAGAUGGGGCAGAGUACAGCGAAGGCGAGAUGUCGGUGGACUGGUCGGACAGAGCCGUGCAAUCGGACUCGGCCGCCUCUGGCAGUGGCAGUCUGAUGGCCGCCGAUGCAAGCAUGGAGGAGGAAGUGCAGGAAGAUGUAGAAAACAGCCAACCGACACAGACAGCUGAUUAUGCUUGUGGCGAUUGCGGUAAAAACACCCCCCAGCCGACCGUCAAGUGCCGCAAAAUUAGGAAGAUUAGGGCCAGAAACAAGAUGGCGGCUGAAUGCUCGUCGGAGCCGAGCGCCCAGAAGGACGACCGACUGUUGGCGUCCAGCGACAGUGAGGGCAGAAUGUCUGUCGAGCAAGAGGAGAUGGUGAGUCGCCGCCACUUGUCGACCGACUCGACGCGGGACAGCGGCAUUGGCGACGGCAGCAACAGCAACAGUAGCCUCAGUGCCGCCGCCGAGCGCCACAUGUCCCUCGACUCGCAACACUCUCAACACCUCUCAACACCCAUCAACGUCGCCUCUCGCCUUCCAGAAAACAGCUACUUCUACAUAAGGCCUAACCGCUACAUAUUCCACGGCGCAGAAAUGAUGGUGGAUGACCCCAGAGAGCUACUCCCCCCAGCUGACGACAGAUGCGACACCACAACAGCUGCCCAUCAGCUGACAAUCGACCGACAACAGCUGAAGCAGUAUUUGUCGGUGGUGGCGCAUGACAGCAAAAUGUGGGGAAGCAACGCCGCUGCCGCAACCUCGCCCGACGAAGACUUGUGCCUCGUCAAUUCGUCAUCGUCAUCAGCUGUUGAAGCAGGCUCAUCCACCUCACACAAUCUAUCGUCAACAACUUAGGCGGGCGAGAUCAGGUUAGGUAGGUAAUUUUUCUAUUGUG